AUGGAAAAGUUCGUACACGAUCCAUGUUGGCAGUUCCAGUCUGAGCGGCAGUGGGGGUUCCAGGCACGGCGUACCGCUGUGACACCUCAUGAAAACUUCAUAAAUAGUGGCAGCACUUCCAUAGGCGCCUUUCCAAAUGACGUGGCUCUCAUGAAGCUUAGUUCUUCAAAUUUGUUUAAUCAAAACAAACAACCGAUUAGUUUGACAUCCGUCACUAACGCCCAACUAGCAGGCUACAAUGAAGAGGACUGUGCGAUUACUGGAUGGGGUGGAACAAACGGCAACGGUGGUUCGCUGCCAAAUAUACUACAGAAGACCUUUGUUAAGAUAAUGACUGACAAUGCCUGUUCCGUUUCUCUCGGUUCUAGCUUGAACAGCGACAUACACAUUUGUGUAGACGGUGCUGGCACCUCUUGAGGUUGCAAUGGCGACAGUGGCGGUCCUUUGGUGUGUAAGUCGGUAAUGACUUUGAACUUGCUGGUGUGACGUCAUUUGUCUUUGGAAAAUGUUUGACAAGCUAUCCUACAGUAUACGCCGAGACGUACGCCUUCAGGACCUGGAUCCAAAACGUCAUGAAUAACAUG